AUGUCGAUUUCAGAGUCGCGAGCGAAACAAGUCAACAAGUGGUCGAGUAUCAACAACUAUAUCCGCAAGCUCAUCUCCACUGCACAUGUGAUCAGUGACGGAACCAAGACAUACUUUCUCAACCUCACCAAAGACCUCAUGGCCCUCACCCUCCGCCCCGACUCUUCAGGUAAUCUUGCCAACGAGUGGCGUCGCGUUCUCCUCACAGUCCACGACCCCAUCAUGCGCUCUUUUCUCGGCCUCGACGACCCCGACGGUAACGGCGGCGAUGAGAGGUUCAAGCGCAUUGAGAACCUCUCGGACUACUUGAGGUACAGUGCCAUUUUCUCGGAGGACCAAGUUGAGAGGACGGAUGUUGAGGAAGAAGUGAGGUAA